AUGGAGUUAGAAUAUUUACAAGAGUUAAAUGAGCAGCAAAAACAAGCUGUUUAUGAAAAACACCAUCGAGUUUGUGUCAUUGCUGGUCCGGGUUGUGGCAAAACCAAAACUUUGGUCAGUAAGGCGAUUUAUUUAUUGGCUAGUCAGCAAGCCCAGCCAGAAAAUAUUCUGAUUUUAACUUUUGCCAAAAAAGCAAUUAAAGAAGUCCGCAAGAGAAUUUUCUCGGCUAUUACUAAUAUUUCUCCCAAGAAAUUACAUAUUUAUAACUUUCAUUCUUUUUGUUUUCGAGUGCUAAACAAACAUUCCCAUUUAUUGGGCUUUCCCGACAGUAAAUUCCCGGUUUAUGACCGCCAAGAACAAGAAGUAAUAGUUCGCAAAAUAAUUAGUCAAAAUAAUUAUAAUUGCGACCAAAAAGAGUAUUUAAUAGUUAAUAAAACCCUCGACUUUAAUGAUUUACUUCUUUACACUAUUACUCUUUUCACUUAUCAUCCCCCAGUUCGGAAAGAAUACCAAGCCCAAUUUACUCAUAUCCUCUUGGAUGAAUUCCAAGAUAUUAACGCUAUUCAAUGGGAAGUAAUUAAGUUAAUUUUAAGUGACCAACAAAAGACGCAAGGACUAAAAGCAAAUUUAACUACUCGCUUGUCUUUACGCUCCCGUAUCGAACAAGAAUUAGUCGCUCAAAAAAUACCUUAUGAAAUCCUGGGUUCUUUCAAGUUCAUUGAACGGGAAGAAAUUAAAGACGUCUUAGCCUUUUGCCGCACCAUUAUUUACCAAGAUAAUAUUUCUUUAUUGCGAAUACUAGGAUUACAGGAGAAAAUCGGGGUUCGCACUAUCGAAAAAAUUGAACAAAGUAGUGAAAAAGAAGGGGCUAGUAUUUACCAUUAUCUUAAUAAUUUUACUACUAGCACUAAUUCAAGUCAGGAAAAUACUAGCAAUGCUAAAUUGGCUGCCGGUCAACUAGAAAAAAUAACCGAGUUUGUUUCCAAAGACAAGAAAUUAUUAAAAACCCGUAAUAAUUUAAUUCUUUCGUCAGUUCACCAAGCCAAAGGGCUAGAGUUUGAAGUAGUAUUUUUUGUCUACUUAGACCAUGGAACUUUACCUUACCGUGAUACCCAAGACCUCACCGAAGAAAGAAGAUUAUUUUAUGUUGGUAUUACCCGUGCCAAAAGAUUAUUAUAUUUAGUUAGUAGCAAGGAAUUAUAUUCCCCCUUUUUGGACGAGUUGGAUAAAAAGUAUUUAGAAAGUAAGUAG